CUGUGGGGCGUUUCUGUCAUCAUGUCAUAAAGUCCCCGCAUUUCCGCAGUUCAACAUCUAUCGGAGAAUAUAUUCAAUUAUUCAUCUUCGUCGCCGUCCAUCUAGAUACUGUAAAAAGCCGGCAAGCUCAGUAGCAGGUCGGAUACAGAAAUCUCAAAUAACAAUGUAAUGUCAGUUUCCUUCCUCCGGGCCUAUUAGAGUAUUAGGCUAUUAGCUACUGCGAAAAAAUAAGUCACUGAUUCGCCUUCCCGGCCGGUCUUCAAUUAGCUGAUCGAAUCCAGUUCAGUGAAUAGUACACGAAAUGAGGGUAGCCAUGGGAGUGAGAUCACCGCGACGAAGGCGCGUGGCCCACUGCUUGCUGAUGACAACUGCGUUGUUCACUCUCCUUGGCUUAUUAUUCCUCACCUCAUCGAGAUCCGUCGAUCCUUCUUCAUCAUCACACAUCUCUAUCAAAUCCGCCGCCUUCCUAGCCGAUGACGACGAUGGCGAAGUUAGCAUUGGCCCCGUAUCUCACGACGUCGUUCCAGGAAACAAAACUUGCGCAACAGUUGAAGAAAUGGGAGAUGUCUUUCGCCAAGCAAGGUCUGCCGACCAACAACACGCUGCUGCUCUCAGUCUCAGAGAACUCAUCCGGAAUCACUUCGCCAUAAAUGGUGCAUCAAGAGUGAGAGCACUUCCCCCAAAUGAGUUUUGCAAACACGGAUUUGUGUUGGGGAAGGCAUCAGAAGCCGGUUUCGGGAACGAAAUGUACAAAAUCUUAACAGGAGCCGCACUCAGUGUCAUGUUGAAUCGUUCUCUCAUUAUCGGCCAAACCAGGGGUAGGUUUCCAUUUGAGGAAUUCAUCUCUUACUCCGAUGUUGCUUUCACCAUGAGUGAAAUAAAGCAUCUAUGGAGACAGAAUGGCUGUUUGAGUAAAUAUGGAAGGCAUCUAGUAAUGAGAAUUGAUGAUUUCCAGAAGCCAACACGGACCAAUGUUCUCUGCGGCAAUUGGAUGGGAUGGAAACAACCUAUUAUAUGGUUACAAAAUACAACAGAUGCUGUGGCUGCUCAAUUUUUUUUAAAGAAUAUACAUGACGAAACAAGGACCGCUGCCACUGAUUUAUUUGGGAGACCUGAAGAUCUUCAUUAUAGGCCCAAUGUUUUUGGGGAGUUAAUGAGAGUUCUAAUAUCUCCUUCAGGAUUUGUACAACGUGCCGUCAGCUCUAUACUUCAAGGUGAUGGGGAUGAUGAUCCCGACAUUGCUCUUCACAUGCGAAUGCUCAUGAACAGAUCAGUGAGAGCAGUUCGGGCGGCAUUGGGGUGCAUCAGAAAAGCCAUAAACGAUCUUAAACUAAGUCAAAAGCCCAGAAUUGUUGUAGUUUCAGACACGCCUUCUUUUGUGAAAACCAUCACUCCAUACUUAGAUGAGUUUGCCCAGGGUUUGCACUUUGAUUACAAACAUUUUAUUGAAGGAAACUUAUCCCGAUACACAGGCGGCAAAUCCUACAAUACUAUCAACCCUAGAGAAAAGGACUGGGGCCCAGCACCGAGAUGGGUUGCAUUUGUUGAUUUUUUUCUUGCUUCAAGAGCAAGACAUGCUGUUGUUUCUGGGGCACACCGGCGUGUUGGGACUACAUAUGCUCAAUUGAUUGCAGCAUUGGCUGCAGCUCACCAUCUUGAGGAUAACAAAUCACGUGAUGGUGUCUCAAGUUUCACAUUCUUAAGUAGCUUCCAAAGGAACUUGGUUUCUGACGGGUUGAGGAAUCAGAUCGGGUGGGGACACGUAUGGAACAGAUUUGCAGGACCGUUGAGUUGCCAGGGUCAGUCAAACCAAUGCGCCUACACACCGAUCCUCCCCCCUGCAUGGUGGGAUGGCAUAUGGCAGUCUCCCCUUCCACGGGAUAUCCGCAGAAUGGAAGCCUAUGGCGUUAGGCUUUCUGGGUUUGGGACUUUUGAUGUUGAUCAACUUCGAACCUUCUGUGAUUCCAGAAAAAAAUGGGUUGUAACUGUCAAUCUAAUUUAAGUGCCACUAGGGUAAGGAUUAUUUGGCAUAAAUGGAUGAAUCAGUCAAGUUUCUUAAAAAUGAAAAGCCUUGGGUAAAAUCGUUUUUCACGCAAAUAAGCAAGCCGGAGGCUAUUUAUUAGAAUUAGCCAAUUACUGCUACCACACGGGGCUAGUUUUUAUGUAGAAUCUCUUGUAGAAGUUAGUAUGUAAUAUGUAUUUAUUUUUGUAACUAGAUGGAGACAGGGUACAAACAUGGAGUUACAUAGGCAACUAGGCAAGCAUGGGGUGCCCGGUGCCCGGUGCCCUGCCUAUAUGUAAGGAAUAGAUCAUUUGAUUCAUCUAUUUAGCAUUAAGUUGCGGGCACAUUCUGAAAGAUGUCAAUUAUCAUACUGAGUUUAAAUAAAAUUUCAGUUUUGUAAUUA